CUUUAGUUCACUAGUACCGAGGAUGAAUAUAUUACAAGUAUCAGGCCAGGUAUUAGGCCUAUACCUAGGCCUAUUUAUAGGGUCGGCACAAGCCUUUGAUCCCUUCACAUCUGGACCCUAUGCAUCACAACACAAGACCUACUACGCUCUAGUGAAUACAGAUCUGCAUAACAUGAUUGAUGUUUGGGUUCCAGAUACCCUAGAUACUGUAGACUCUCCUAUAUUAUUCAUGGUUGGAGGGAUGGGAGGUCUGCUUCCUGGGGUUGCAUACUCUACUAUAUUUGAAAGAGUGUCGAGCUAUGGAUUUACAGUAGUUCAACCCUGGAUUCUUGGCAACAAUCCUAUCAGCAAUUAUGAUGGUAUUUGGUUGGAUGAUGUAAUGACUUGGGUAGAGAAUCAUUUAAAAGAAAAAUUAGAUUCAGAUGGGAUAGGUAUUGGCGCUGUUCUAAAUCAUAGAAACGUGUUCCUUGGCUCACAUUCUGCAGGGGGGCAUGUUACUGUGGAAUACCUAAAGCAUCAUUGUGGAGAUGUGAAAGGAAGCAUAUUAAUGUCUCCAGUUGAUGGAUUUGAUCCAUUUGGUUGGAUCGAUCUGUUUGCUAUCACUCCAGGAGAAUAUCUUAAUUAUGAAAUUCCCUCGUUAAUUCUAAUGUGCGGACUGGAUGCAGUGAAAGGCAUUGAUGGGUUGGGAGAUUUAGUUCCAGCUUGUGCACCAGAAGAUCUCAGUAAUCUCAGAUUCUAUGAUGCCCUGCCUGGAAAUACCUGGCUUAUAAAUGCUACCGACUAUGGACAUGGGGACUGCCUGGAUCAGUUCUUUGUAGAUGCAAUUCAGUUUACACAUUUCUGCGGAUCUGCCGAUGAUUCUGUUCCAAGAGAGGAAUACAGAAGUUUUAUUGGAGGAGAGAUUGUUACGUUCAUGUCUCAUACUCUUGGGUUGCAGGAUUGCACUAUUUCUAGAUAUAUGGAGGAUCCAAGCUUGAUGCCAGUGAAAGCAACAGUUUUGAAGAAAGACAGUGUAGUUUCCGAACAUGAUGCUUGCUUGCAGGCAAAUUGUGCUUGGCAGUCAGACCCUUUUCCUCACGAGUAAAUGUGAGGGGUGUAAAUCUAAUUAAUUUGUAAAUAAAUGUGUAAAUAAUCAAUAUUUGAAUUAAACUCUCAAUGCUAUUUCAAAUCGUAUUGUAUGUAAUUAAUGUAAUUAAGUAUGUAAUUAUAUUUUAAUCUCA